CUAGAGCAUACCGAGCAGUCAACCACAUCGCGCUUCACCCUCGGUUUGGGCGAGAUGACUCAGCACGGCACAGCAGGGAUUGUUCUAGAGAGUGCUCCAGAGACUAAAGCUCUGGACAUUCUAGAAUCUCGAGUUUCAGCUCAACAUGUAGUCUCUCGUGCGCCAGUCUCUAUUUCCAGCUUCGGCUAGAAUCUUCCAAGUUCAGAGCUGAUUGGCAACGCCACGAAUCCCUUCGCCAGCUCCGCUGUUCUAGACGUAUCGCCUGCCUUCCAGAGCCAUGGCCUCGCUGGUUCCCGAACAUCCGAACAUGGAUAGCGAACCGCCUUUGGGUGUAGCUCUAGUAGCUUUCCGUAUAAAGUCUUGGUAAAUCCAUUCGAGCGUCAUCAAAAUUUGAACGACCAAUACAGCGCUCAUCAAUCGCAACUCUCUCAAGUUACCUUCUCGCACUCUCUCAGCGGCAUUUUCACAGUUUCAUCGUAGCGCGAGUGGACAACACCAUGGCUCUUACACCGUUUACAAACGAUCCGCUGUUCAACUCCAUUAUCCGGCUGUCGCACAUCCCUGACGAGUUCAGCACUCUUUUCGACGCCCCGACGUCGAAGUUCGUGAGGGACAGCAACGCGAUGGCGUCGACUGCCGUCGACGUGAAAGAGACUCCCGAGGCGUUCAAGUUCAUCGCGGAUCUUCCGGGCCUGAAGAAAGACGAGGUUAAGGUCCAAAUCGAAGAUAAGAAUUUGCUGACCAUCAGCGGCGAGCGGACUCGGGAGGUUAAGGAAGAGACGGAGAAGUAUCACCGCGUGGAGCGGAGCACUGGCAAGUUCCUGAGGCGAUUCCGGCUUCCGGAUAACGUGGAAGUGGAUAAGAUCGCUGCGAGCUCGGAGAACGGUGUGCUUACCGUGACGGUUCCGAAGUUCAAGCCACCGGAGCCGAAGAAGCCAGCUAUUGUGGAUAUUCCCAUCAACUAGAGUGUCAGAGACACCUUGUACUUGCUACUUAUGACAUUACAUGAUCUUCGCUGGUUGUGGCGUCUUAUUAUGCUGUACAGUGCAUUAUUGAGUGAGGAAUUUUGUAGACA